CUCAUCUUUAGCUUUGGCUCUUGCCUUGUGCUUUUUCGUUCCUUUCUUUGGAGUUUAAGCUGUUUUUAGGCUUUUUUAUUUUAAGUAUUGACUAUCAUACCAAUUAUUCAUAGCACUAAUGGAAUUCAACAAGGGAAACACCACCUCCUCUUCUGCAUCUAACUUCAUAGACUUUGGAGUUGAUGAAGCGGAAUGGGACGCGAUUAUGGCAAAUGUCCCCACAUCCAUGUUGGAGCCCGCUGUUGUUAUGCCUCCUCCUGGAUUUGCACCAAUUGCUGGAUCCAGCGGAGUCCCACGACCCAGUAUCGCACUAGCUCCUGUUGCUCAAACUGCAAUGCCCGCUCCUGAUGUCUCCUCUGAACCGAAGUCUGCUCAUUAUUCCAGGAAUUUAAAAACAAGUUUCAAACUGUACGUCAAAUCUUCAGUUCUUAUCUGA